AUGUUCGACACCAUUUGUACACUCCCUGUCCAGUCCGACAUCUUUGCUCAAGUCGUUCAUCCCACCCAGCCAUUGUUCGCGAUCGGCUUGUCUUCGGGGCAUGUGCACGCAUACAAGCUCCCCUCCGACUCCGAAGUCAUUGAGGAUACCUCCGAGGACAGUACCUCGCCGCCUCUCCAAACGACGAAUUCUGUCAAUGGCUCAAUAGUACCUUCCUUACGCAGAGCUUCUACUGCCAGCCUCUCCGAGAGCGGCCUCGGCUCAAUCGAUACAUUGUGGACCACCAGGAGACACAAAGGGUCAUGUCGAUGUCUUGCAUUCAGCCAUGAUGGAGAAAUAUGCUAUUCGGCAGGGAUGGACGGUCUGGUAAAAGCAUUUUAUACAGACACGGGCAAGGUUAUCAGCAAAAUUACAAUACCUCAAAGCGUUGGACUGGAAGAUGUUGAUGGGCCGACGGUCCUGCACGCCCUGUCACCGCAAGCCCUGCUGCUAGGCACUGAUUCUGGGAAAUUAUACCUACAAGACCUGAGACAAGACGGAAAGGAAAUUGUGUCCCAAUGCAGCCAAACAUGGACACCUCACGGCGACGAACAUAUAAAUGCCCUUGUUCCGUUGCCCGUGAGUGAGACCAGCACAAGUGGAUUCUCCAAACAGUGGGUUAGUGUAGGUGGGACUACACUUGCAGUGACAGAUCUUCGUAAGGGAACUAUCGCAACAAGUGAAGAUCAGGAGAUCGAAUUGACGAGUCUGGCCAUGGUCCGUGGCCUCAAAAAGGGGGGGACCAGCGUGGGCGAGAAAGUCCUCGUUGGUCAAAGUGAUGGUGUUGUAAGUUUAUGGGAGAGAGGGGUAUGGGGGGAUCUCGACGAAAGAAUUGUGGUUGAACGAGCCGGGCUCAGCGUGGAUAGUUUGGCUGAAGUGCCUUUCGGCUUUGGAGGAGGGAAACUGAAGAUGAACGAAAAGCUUGUCGCCGUGGGCCUUGAGGAUGGCCGGGUUCGAUUCAUGAGAAUCGGUCGCAACGGGGUCUUGACCAAAAUGGACGCCAAACACGAUGAAAUCGACGGUGUUGUGGCUGUUGGCUUCGAUAUUGAAGGGCGAAUGGUUACUAGCGGGGGCCAGACUGUUAAAGUGUGGACAGAGGCAAAAGGGCUUCCGGGUGGUGGACGGAGUGCUGCGGCGAAGCAUGGGAUGUCCUCCUCUGACGACGAUGUCGAUGAAUCCGAUUCAGAUGAAAGCAGCGAUGAGGACGGUCAGUCAAAGCCGAAGCGAAAAAAGAGAAAGAGAAACAAGGGAAAGGAUAAAUCCGGGGGCAAGGCGUUGGACUUCUCUCUAUGA